AUGGAAUCUGGCAAUGCACCAUGUGAUUUUCCAGCUGCUAAUCAGGCAGGGAAAAUCAUCUCUAUAUGCUGGAAUGCUGGGGCACUAGCCGCAUCAUAUUACGACAUAGAUCAGCUAGAGCUGUACGCAAUUCAGCAGGCAAUCGAACCACGGCCACAGUAUGUGCUGCUUCGAGAGCUUGUCCGUCGUUACAAUCCACUAUUCUACGUCAUCUCUGGUCCAACAUGUUUUUUAGACGAUUGCCGUGAAAUAUUGAGCAUUCCUAAUGGACUUGCGCACCAUUCCGAUGCGUCUGACUCUGCCGCACAAAAUACAGCAAACACUACGCAGUUCACCAACGUGAAGAUUGUUGAGUAUUCGGCACAAACCCAAACAGCUGCCAGGGCGCGGUUGCUAUCGCUUAAACUUCCCGGAAUGCCACCAGAAUCGGAUGAGCACGAGUGUCGCACAUUCCUCGAAAGUAUACUUCCCUUCGAGCAAGAUCUGCUAGUGCAUGGCGUCGGUAAUUUGCUGUUGCUUCUAGAUACCGUGGGCGACUCAGUGUCCCCAACGCAGCUAGUGACAAAGAUCAAUCUUAUCACGCCCAGCACACAGCUCAUCAUCGACGGGCUAACUUACGAAGCGUUGCAGAUUUUCGACACUAGUCGCCAUCCGUCUGGGUUCAAGUGUGGAACGGAUUCACGUGGCUUAUCCGUGUUCAGCUUGUUCAACAAGUGUUCGUCGAAAAAUGGGGAAGAAUGGCUCAGCCGGCUAAUGACGCAACCGAUACGAGAUCGGAUGGAGCUGCAACGUCGUCACAAUACUGUACAAUGGUUGCUAGAGAAUGUUCGCUAUGCGAACCAGUUUGACCAGUGUUUAAAGCAUCUAUCCAACGUAGGUCUACUCUAUCGGAAGAUCCUGCAAGGUACCGCUCGCAAUACCGAUUGGAAGAUGCUGAAGAAAAAUCUCUACUACAUGUUCACGCUGUGCAAGCUAUGCGGUUUAACACUGAAGGACACAAACACACGAGGUACGAUCGUCCAGGAACUUGGACAGUACACAUGCAAUCCGAGCAAUGCGCUCAAACACGUUCUUUACACGAUCGAUAAGUGUUUGGAUCUGGAAAAGGGUGACGAGGAGAACAAGGUAACCAUUCGUGCCGGACUCGAUCCUGCCGUCGAUCGAUUGCGCGAACAGUACGAUGGGUUGCGACAAAUCGUGAUGGAAUCGUCCCGACUAGGGCUGGAAACUAUGCAGCUCGAUAUGGCCAACAUCUGCGUUACGUAUCUGCCAUCGUUCGGGUUCGUGAUCAGUACGCAGAUCGAUGAACAGUUGGAGCGAUCCGGAAUAUUUAACAAUUCCUCGUUCGAUUUGGUGUUCCAGGCGGAGAAUACGGCCUACUUUCAGAUUAGACUGUGCAAAGAGUUGAACGACGAGUUUGGACAGAUGAUGGCAUCGCUGAUCGAACAAGAGCUUGUAGUUCAGACGCGUCUCACUACCUUCGUGGGCACCAAGUUCCCGGAAGUGAUGGGCAUCUUUAAGCAGGCGGGAAAAUUGGAUGCUCUGCUGUCGUUUGCCACCGUGGCAAAGAUGCAUCGCUACGUGCGUCCAAUCAUUUGCGACGAAAAGGUGUUGCAAAUUCAAGCAGGACGCCAUGUAGUGCUCGAUCACCGACGAUCCUACCGACCGAACGAUACCGAUGUGAAUGAGACGAACAGGCACCUUAUAAACGUGAUUGCUGCCGAUACAUCCGUCGGGAAAACGACCUACCUGAAGGAGUUGGCCACCAUCUGUUAUCUGGCCCAUGUCGGUUCGUUCGUGCCGGCUACGUACGCUAAAAUUCCCAUCCUCGAUUCGAUCUACACCCGGCUCGAUCAUCCGGAAUCGAUAUUCAGUGGACGUUCGUCCUUCAUGUCGGAACUGUAUCAGAUGUCUAGUUUGCUGCAAAAUUCUACCGCCAAAUCGCUGGUUUUAAUUGAUGAGUUUGGCAAGGGCACAAACUAUCUCGAAGGGAAGUCACUGCUCAUUGGCUCGAUCGAACAUUUGCUCAAACGUGGCGCUAGUGCGCCGAUUACCUUUGUUACAACGAAGUUUACCGGAAUUGAACAAUUUUUACCGAUUGAACACCGGUACCUCCUGGUGAAGGUACACCAUGAAGCUCGAGACCAUUCCCGUAACGGCACCAGCAGUGACACGUUGGACGUGACCUCGAUCGACCCUAGCGAUCCAAAUGAACAACUGAAAACCACGUACCAGCUGGCAUCACGUGCCAUUGCCUUUGCCAUCAUGAAAUAUCAUCAAACGGGUGGCGAAGCACCGGCCACGGAAUACAUCCGGCUGCUGAUGGAAUCCACCCCAAUCACGCGGGUACCGGAACGGUGUCUAGAAAUUUCGCAUCCCCGUCACGAGUGGGACACGCCGGCACGGCAUCGAUGACGUUACCGGUGAAGCCUAAUGGAAAUCUUAACGAAAAACGGAACAUUUAAAUUUUUUAGC